AUCGUUCAUUUCACAGCCCACACUACUGAGAUCGGACUUGUAAAUAAAAUGUUCCAAUUUGAGGUAGACGAACCCGACUCUUCGUCCCUCAAAGAUCCCUUCUUGGUGGGCGACCGUGUGCGCGUCUCACAACAGGUGGGCAAUGUUCGCUACGUGGGUCAAGUUGAAGGUCAUGCUGGUCUGUGGCUGGGGGUGGAAUGGGACGACCCCACUCGAGGAAAACACUCUGGCUCCGUUGGCGACCGUGUCUACUUUUCUGUCACCAUCCCAAACUCUGCAUCCUUUAUUAAAGUUGGGAAAGCGGAAAAAAUUCACUCACUAAAAGAAGCCUUGUGUGAACGUUAUGAUCCUGAACUUACUCCGUCCAGUUUGAAAUCCAUUGAGGAUCGGUUAUCUAAAAAGAAGCUUGGCUAUGGUCAACUCCGCGUCAUAAAUUUGGGUCAUUGCAGCAUCACAAGCAUAGACCAGGACUGGGGCGAGAUUGUAGACCUUUGUCCUCAGCUGCAAGUGCUUGAAUUGAAUGAUAACCUGCUGCAAGAGUGGGGCCCGCUUCUCAAACUUUUCACUGGUUGGGCGAACCGGCUCCUGAGGAUUGAUCUCAGUCGAAAUCCACUCUCACCUCCAACAAACGAAGAGGUCAACCUGUAUGCUAACACAUUUAUCAGGAUGGAAGAAGUGAUUUUAGGCGGAUUGAGAUAUGGCUGGGAGCACUUUAAAUCAUUGGCUACAAUGUGGCCAAUGAUAAAUCUAUUGACGGUUCCAUUCAAUAAAGUGUCCAAUCUAGACGGUUUAUCCUGCUCCACCACCAGCUUAUCCAAUCUGAUCUCUUUAGAUCUAGAAAAGAACGAAAUUUCAUCCUGGGAAGAAGUGUGUCGUCUCGGUGUUUUACCAAAAUUGGAGUACAUCAACCUGACCGGAAACCAAUUGACAUCCAUCCACUUUUCCACAGAGAAAGUGGCUAUUUUAUCAUUGCUCCCCAAUUUACGAAGGCUCAACAUUAGCGAUAACUUUAUUGCAGAGUGGUCCAGCAUCAGCGAACUGAACAAGCUGACCGCACUUAGAGAGUUGAGAAUGGACACAAAUCCUGUACUUAACAGUUACAAAAGAGCCACAAAUCGACAAAUUAUAAUUGCUCGAUUGCAGCACAUUCAGAAGUUGGAAGGAGUCGAUAUUGAACGGCAAGAGCGUCGGGACGCGGAGUUAGACUAUGUCAAACUGUAUGCAGAAGACUAUGCCAAAGUGGGCACAAAAGCAGAAUUUAUUCAGAAGCAUCCACUUUAUGUUCUCCUCAUGCAAAGACACGGCGCCUCCGAACCUUCUGAACCUGUUAGUGGUCCCAAGUCUAACUCUGCAUUUGUCCGACUCAUAGUUGUAGCGGAAAGUGGAGUCAAAGGAGUGAAGGAGGUUGAAAAGCAAAUCAUAAAAACAAUGACACUACAAAAGAUGAAAGCCUUGUUACAACGCACUUUUGGCAUACCUCGCGUUCCUAUAUGCAUUACAGUCACCAGUUGCAGGAACCCAGAAGUGUCCUUUUUGCUGGACAAUGACUUGGCAGAAAUUGGACACUACUCCUUAGAAGAUGGGGACACUCUUCGACUUCAGUGGUGAUUGCCUUAAUCUUCAACUUAACUGUGGUCACUCCUUAAUUGUUAAGUUAAAACCUAACUAAGUAACAGUAUUAAUGUAAUUUAUAUCACUCUACUCCAUCACGUUAGUGUUAAUCGCCAUGCUGUUCUUCUGUAUCAUGGCGUUGCGUCGUUUUGUAAUGUUGGCCUACUAAGUCAUUAAUAAAUUUCACUCUCAAUUUAAAAAA